AUGUCUACAUCCACCACUUUUGCCGUCGCUGGAGCUGGAAACAUCGGUUCCCUCAUUGCUAAAUCUCUCCUCAAGUACAAAGCUUCGGGACGAUCAAAGAGGUCAUUGUCCUCACUCGCUCCGUACGCAACCAUCGCUCCAUCCUAUUCUCGCAAGAACCAAACUCACCCCUCCAACACAUUAACACAGGAUACUCACAACGCGAACUUCUCUGCCACCGCCUCUCAAGACGCCGCCAUCAUCCCUGUAGAUUACUCUUCCAUCGACACGCUUAUCGCCAGUUUAGCUCCCCACAAAAUCGACGUUCUCGCGUCCCCCUUCAGCCACCCCACUGAUAUGGCGGAAUCACUCGCUGACGCUGCGAAAGCUGCCGGUGUGAAAUUGUUCGUGUCGUCCGAAUACGGUGAUCCCUCCACGGAUUUGAAGGAACCGCUGGGGUUUAUGGUUGACAAGAUGAGGAUGCAGAAGCGGUUGAGGGAGGAUCGGAGGAGAUGUAUGAAUGACAUCGCGUCGUUCGUAGCCUACGUUCUCACAACGCUCCCUCCUUCAAAACUGGAGUGGCAGACUUUCCGCAUCGAGGACGAGCGUCUCUCCUUCAACCAGAUCUUCGAGGCCUACGAGAAGAAGACAAGGAAGAAAAUUAAUGUUACGCACAGACCCAUCGAGGAGUUGAAGGACACGGUGAAGAAGGAUAAAUUUGCCAAUAUUUCCAGCCAUCUGCAUUUGAUGGGGGCGGUGGGUGAGGCGUUGGUCGGCACGCCGGACCAGUUGUCUAAUGGGUUGUUCCCCGGGUGGAACCCGAGGAGUGUGGCCAGCGUCAUAGCACCUUAG